GCAACCGCGAUUGAAAGACAAGUUUAUUUUUACGUGCAUUAUAUUUUCACUAUUUUUACGGUCAUUUUGCUCAGAGUUUCUGGCAUUGGCUGGAAGAAUGCCCAACGAUAUAAGGGUUUUCACUAGCUAUUGAGCAAUGUUAGACAUUAUAAACUUUUUAAAAAACCUGAUAUACAACAUGUUGGCAAUAUUUUCGUUCGGUCACAAAAAGCUUACUAAUAAGCUGAGUAUUUACGUGAAAACCAACACCGGAAGCACUCUGGCGGUUGAUUUGGAGCCCCACAUGGAAAUUAAAGAAAUUAAACAGAUGGUAGCUUCCGAACUUGGUAUGGCUCCUGAUGAACUGAAAAUUAUAUUCGCCGGAAAGGAAUUGUCCGAUACGAUCAUGAUAAGUGAAUGUGAUCUAGGCCAGCAAUCGAUUAUACAUGCUGUUAAGGCGAGAGCGGUCGCAAUGAAAUCUGGCACCGGUAAAAGUAUAUUGGACAGUCCGAUUUCCGAAGAAAAUCCUGAAGAGGUUGUCUCCGUGAAACCGCUAUGCGAAACUAUGUCCGAUCUUCAGCUGACAGAGAUUAACGAAAUUACUGCAAGUCCAGCCAGAGAACGAAGGAAGGCUCAUUUCUUCGUAUACUGUUCUCAAUGUGAGAAAGUUUGCACCGGUAAAUUACGUGUACGAUGCGGAAUCUGUAAGAGUGGAGCGUUUACCGUCCACAGGGAUCCUACAUGUUGGGAUGAUGUCCUGAAGAAGAAACGAAUCACUGGACACUGCGAGAAUAAUGAAAUUGCAUGUGUGGAAAACGAAUCUGGAGAUCCACCGUUCACAGAAUUUUAUUUCAAAUGCGCAGAGCAUUCAUCAGGUGGCGAAAAGGAUUUCGCUGCACCCCUGAGUCUGAUCAAAACUAAUCACAAAGAGAUCCCCUGCAUUGCGUGUACUGAUGUUAGUGAAACAAUUCUUGUGUUUCCGUGCGAAGCUGGUCACGUCACGUGUCUGGAUUGCUUCCGACAGUACUGCAUCUCCCGGUUGUUGGAACGACAGUUUCAUGAGGCUCCAGCCGGAGGAUAUACUUUGACAUGCCCUGUAGGCUGUGAAAAUUCGUACAUCGAAGAUGUACACCACUUCAAGUUACUGUCUAAGGAACAGUAUGAAAGAUAUCAGCGAUUCGCCACCGAAGAGUUUGUUCUUAGAAAUGGUGGAGUUUUGUGUCCCCAGCCCGGUUGCGGAAUGGGUCUUCUCGUGGAUCCGGAAUGCAAAAGAGUUCAGUGUCAAAAUGGUUGUGGGUUCGUUUUCUGCCGUAAUUGUCUCCAGGGAUAUCACAUUAACGACUGUCUGGAAACACCUCAACCGAACUCCGCCUCGGCACUGGGUUACACGUUUGAUUUGCAACGAGUUUCCGAAGCGCGCUGGGAUGAAGCAUCCAAGAUAGCUAUCAAAGUAACGACGAAACCGUGUCCGCAGUGUCGCACUGCAACCGAACGCGAUGGAGGUUGCAUGCAUAUGGUUUGCACCCGCUCUGGCUGCGGGUAUGAGUGGUGUUGGGUUUGUCAAACGGCCUGGACCAGGGACUGCAUGGCGGUCCAUUGGUUUGGCUAGACAUCUGAAAACUGUUUGAACUGUGACCGUGUCGGACACUUGUCGAUUGUUUGAGACUAACUAAAUUGUAAAAUAGUGGAUAUUUUAUAUUUAUUUACAAAUAUAUUUUGUUUAGUUUAAUGUUGA